CAACCAGGGGUUCUCCAGAGAGAGAGAUCAUCAGUCUGGUCCUAAGGAAAGACCCUAAACUGGGCUUUGGGUUUGUGAUAGUGGGGGAGAACAACACAGGGAAACUGGACCUGGGAAUCUUCAUAGCCUCCAUCGUCCCUGACGGACCAGCAGACAGAGACGGCAGAAUCAGACCAGGUGGUCGUCUGAUUUCUCUAAAUACGAUCAGUCUGGAGGGCGUGACGUUCACUGACGCAGCAGUCAUCCUCCAGAACAGCCCUGAUGAGGUSGAGCUCAUCGUCUCCCAACCCAAGUAUUCUCUGAGAGACAGUAAGACUUCUUUGGCAACCAGUACCCUGAGUCUGAUGUUGGACAGGGGCAUUGGGUGCCAGACCAGCCUGAGUGGAACAGAAUUCCAACCAGCCAUGGAGGAGCUGGAGGAAGCACUGGCUCUGUCCAACUUGGCCACACCUAAACAWGGCAAGAGACUCCACAUCCCUGUGGUCCGGAUCCUGGAUGCUCAGGAGGUGUGUUCCAGGUCUCCCUCUAUCUGCAGUCUGACAGCCAGGAAACAGCUUGUGGUGGAGCUGCAUAAGGCCAAUGGCAGCCUGGGCAUAAGUGUAGCUGGUGGAAUGAACAGCUGUGUUCGGUACGAGGGGAUAUACAUCAAGAGUCUGGUGCCAGGGGCCGCUGCUGAGCAGGAUGGGCGCAUUCAGAUAGGUGACCGACUGCUGGAAGUUGAUGGGUCCAACCUACGAGGUGUAACACACAAACAGGCCGUGGAGUGCCUGAAGAAGACUGGAGAGGUGGUGAGUCUGCUUUUAGAGAGGGAGCCCCAGGUGGUGUUGGAGGCGGGAGCGAAUCGCCCCCGCUCAGCUUCACAGAGCCAAUCAGGAAGUCUCAGGAGAGACAGCUCCAUGGAGAUGACCUUGAGUGACAAGACCAAGGACUACAGCUUUGUCACUGAUGACAACACUCUGAAGGUGCUGUUGAAGAAGAGCCUGUGCGGUUUGGGCUUCAGCUUCUACAUCAGUGAGCUGAACAGUGGRUGUGACCAGGGCAGCAGUGUGGUGCGGAUCAAAACCCUUUUCCAGGGUCAACCAGCCCAGGAGUCAGGACAGAUCAGAGAAGGAGACGUCAUAUUGGCUGUUAAUGGACAAUGGGUUAAAGGCCUCAGCUACCAGAGGGUGUUGUUCCUGCUCCGUGGGCCUCCGUCUGAGGUCCACCUGACUCUCUGCAGACCUGCUCUUGGAGUACUGUCUCAACUGGAUGCUGACACACUGGUUCCUUUCUUGUUUCCAACCCGUGGGGUGAGGUCCAAGUCUCUAGACAUCAGGCUAGAGGAAGAUUAUAGCCAGCUGCUCAAGCUACAGGCAUACCAGAACCAUCACUACAACCAAGAAAACCAGGCCCAGAAGGAGCCAAUGCAGACAUCACAAGCCCAGGACCAGGCUUCCAUGCAGGCCAGCCAAACAGACAAAUACCCUGAGCCCUCUGGAGGUCCGAAGACUCAACAGAGUCGGGAUAGUCAAGACCGUGAGAUGGACGCAGCCGAGAACCAGCCCUCCUCACCCUCUCCCACCCCUCCCUCACCCCCUUCCCCCAUCUCCCUCGCCAGCAGAAGUGACGCAGGAGACAGUGAAGAGUUGUCGGUUGUGGACGAGGACGAGGAAGUUUCCGAAGAAAUGAGCUCGGCAUCUGUCGGGGCCAAGACCAGUACUAGUCCCGUGUACACCAGUGGCAUCAGAGAAGAGGCGGACGGCAGUUUAACAUACUGCCUUAUGGGUGAUGGAAUAACCAUUCUGGCUGAUAAAGAAUACUUGACCAUCAGUUCGACUUCGGACAGUCCCUCUAGCCUCACCURAAACACCUCAUGUACCCCCAGUGUGGCUCCACACACUACCUCUCAUACCCCCAGGACCAGAUCCACCCCCCCUACUAGGGUCCGAUCCACCACCCCCAAAAGUACUUCCAUCCCCCACAGCUUGUUCUCGCAAACCACAAGCUCAACAAACCCCAAUUUGUCAUCGCAAACCACCUCUGUCCAGCAGACACCAUCUCAGCCCUCCUCUAGGCCUACAUCCAGCCUUUCCUCUAGGAUGUCUGACCUCAACAUCAGCCACUCGGUGCAUCCUCUUCAGCCCCAGCAUGCUACACCUCCUGUUCUCAGCCUCUCUUCCCAUACCUCCAACCCCAAAUCCAGGACCUCUGAUCGCAAACAAAGCAUCACCUCCGAUCGUAAACACAGCAUCACCUCCGAUCGUAAACACAGCAUCCCCUCCGAUCGUAAAUACAGCAUCACCUCCGAUCGUAAACACAGCAUCACAUUCAAGACUACCAAUGCCUCCAACAUCACUCGUUCAGUCAUCCAAUACAAUCCCCAGCCCCCUGACACAUUGCCCCCCUCGCAACCCCCCGCACGCCACCCCUCUCCCCAGCCUCCCUUGUCCUCACUCUCUCCCCCCAUUCAGGCUGCACCUCUCCCACAUACACACCCUACCUGGAGACAGGAGACAGAAGGGGAGGAGGACGAAGAUGAGGAUGAGAAUGAMGAGGAUCCCAGAAAAGGCAUGAUGAAGGAAUUUGAGAUGUGUGUGGUUCUGACCAAGUCGUGGAGCGGUAGUUUUGGGUUCACCAUCACACGCAGCAAACUGGAUGCCUGCUACUACAUUCAGGACAUACUGGACAACCCUGCUAAGACUGACGGACGGCUCAGACCAGGGGACAGACUAGUCACGGUCAACGGCCAGGAUAUGACGAAUGUGACAGAUGAGGUUGCCAUGUCGAUCCUGAGGUCGUCUCCUAGGAGACUGAGUUUGAUCCUGGGGAGGGCGGUGACCAACCUGAUAGCUCCACCUUUUCCAGACCACCUGCAAGACAUCAUCCUGCACAAGACACCAACUGGACAGCUUGGUAUCAAGCUGACGGGUGGUAUAGGCAGCAAAUGGCAGGGGAUCUACUGUCUGGAGGUGGUUCCUGGUUCACCUGCCUGUGAGGAGGGCAGRGUCCAACCAAACGACAGGAUCCUGUACAUCUGUGGCCGAUGCACCAUGGGAAUGACUCUGGAGGACGCUGUCAAGGCCUGCGAGAACGCUCCGCGCAGAGUGAAACUCAAGGCCACCAGAGAUGACCAGCCUGUGACUCCCAAAGCCAAGAGUAAUGCUAAAGCCAUGCCCGAGGCCACUGGGAAAUUCAGACCACUUCUCUCUGUCACCUCCGAUCAAGACAGCUGUAUCUUGCAAAUAUAUGUGUGUAAGCCAGAGAGAGGGGGUCUGGGCUUUGCUCUGAUUGGUGGAUGCAACGGAAGCACGCUCAGAGUGAAGGAGAUCUGCGCUGGAGGCGUGGCGCAGCAGGAUGGACAGCUCAGAGUGGGAGACAUACUGCUUGAGGUGAAUGGUAUAAUAGUAUCAGGUCUGAGCCACUGUAAGGUGGUGGAUAUCCUCCGUCAGGCUGAGGGAAACAUCCAACUCACAAUCUGUAGAGACAUACCACGGGCCAACACAGCACCCUGCACUGAUGCAUUCUUCUCUAUGGGCUUCCCUGGAGACAGCAUGGCCGUCUGUCCUGGAUCCAAUAUGGCCUCCUGUCCUGGAUCAGCAUCCAAUAUGACUUCCUGUCCUGGAUCAGCAUCCAAUAUGGCUUCCUGUCCUGGAUCAAAUAUGGCCUCUUAUCCUGGAUCAAAUAUGUCCUCUUAUCCUGGAUCAAACAUGGCCUCCUGCCCUGAAGUCAACAUGGCUACCAGCAACGGAUCCAACAUGGCAUCCUGCACUGGAUCAAAUGUGUCAGUCUUCAUCGAAGCCAAACCAUAUUCCAACCCUUCUGCAUGUUCCUCACCUGAUGUCCAGCAGGAGGACCUUCCCCCUGAGGGGACUUCAGAUCCAGUACCUGAUGUAGAGGAGGACAUUACCCCCCGUUUACCCCCCGACCCCUCCUAUCACCCCUCACUCCGCCUGCGGGCCCUCACAGAAGAGGACAUGGCUGGACAGGAGAGCUGUAACAGUAAACCCUCUCAUCCGGCUUGCUGCCUGUCCAGCAAGAGUAUGACUAACUUGCUCCAUGAAGCCUCGAACAGGAACCAAAUCCCUGUGAUGCCAUUGGACAAAACCAUGAUGGGCAGCAAGAACAGCCAAUCAGACGGCUGGAGCAGRGAGGAUGAGGAUGAUGAGACAUUUGAAGCUAAAGGUCAGGAGACCAUGUCACCCUUCCCAGGUCCACCUAUAGUAUCAGAAGAAGAGUUGGCCAGCCUAGCCAUGAUCAGUCCAGCUAAGACCAGUCAAUACGCUGGGUCCAGAGUGAAAGCCCUCAUACAGAUACUACAACAUCAACUAGACCAGCAAGAACUGGUCCGAGAGUUCAUGGCUUUGGAGCAUCUAAAGCCGUCUGAUAACUGUCUAGUGGGGAAAGCUCCGGAGAACCGGGAGAAGAACCGCUACCGGGACAUCCUGCCCUAUGAUAAGACGCGUGUUCCAGUGGGUGAUAACCAGGACUAUAUUAAUGCCAGUUAUAUCCAUAUGGAGGUUGGCAGUGAGGAGUUCAUCUAUAUCUCCUGCCAGGGUCCUCUGCCCUCCACCGUGCCCGASUUCUGGCAGAUGGUCUGGGAGAACAGGUCUGAUGUGAUAGCCAUGAUGACCCAGGAGGUGGAGCGAGGCCGGGUGAAGUGUCACCGCUACUGGCCAGAGAGGGUGAGCUGCCCCCUAGACACGGGGCGCUUCCAGCUCAGCCUGGAGAACCAGCAGAUCAAGGAAUACUUCCACAUCAAGAUCAUCCGCAUGGUGGAGAAAGAGUCUGGUGAGACCCACUUUGUCCGUCACCUGAAGUUUAUGCGUUGGCCUGACCACGGUGUGCCGCGGUGUUCAGAGCAGCUGGUCAGAUUUAUCCGCUACCUCCGAGCAGUCCACCAUAAAGGACCUGUCACUGUACACUGUAGUGCUGGGAUAGGACGAACAGGAGUACUGAUCUGCACCGAUGUCAUCCUGAGUCUCAUAGAGAACGAUCUCCCGAUCAACGUCAGUAACAUUGUGAGGGAGAUGAGACUGCAGCGAUAUGGCAUGAUUCAGACUAAGGAGCAGUACCUGUUCUGCUACAAGGUAUGGUUGGAGGUUCUACAUCGCAUCCUGCAGCUGCAUGGUAAGCAUUGGCAACCAGAGAGCCCCCGCGAACUUAAUGCGAGCCCUCGCACACACAGUAACCGAUGGCAACCGGAGAGCCCCCAUGAAGAUAAUCAAUUUGUUUGACCAGGUUUCUUGCCCCCGCCCGCUAGUUGAUUUUGUUAUGAACACUGUAUAUGUAUGUGUUUUAGCCAAUUCCUCUGUUCGUUUGAUGUCAUGCCAAAACAUGACUAUUCAGAGUUGGCUAAAKCACAUAUAGAUGGGACGACCAGGCCACAGUAUGUUUCUGCAUGGUUUUGAUAUUUGGGUUCUGAAUUUAUUGAUGGAGGUAGACAUUUUUACUGUUGGUUCUUUUGUGUUUUUUUCCCGAGAUGGCAGUGACUGAUUAAACACUUAAUUGAAAGGAGAGAUACUGUGAUUGCAGUAUUGGUUUGAGUUAGAUCAAUUAUUUGACAGCCUUUAGGGGUUUAGUGACUUUGUCUUCUGUGUUAAGUUAGGAGUGUUUUGGUUGUGUGACUUUUAAAGGGUGUUACUAUUUAAAUUGUUCUAUUUAAUCAUUCCACGUUUUAUUUMAAAGUUAAUGUGUAUAUUUUGCAUAUGAUCAAAUAUAACCUAAAUACAUUUAAUUGCACCACAGCACAUCACUAAUCAACGAUGUCACUGCUCAUUGCAAUGCACAGGGUGAGGUGUAUUAUACCAAAAUGUAUAUUAGAAUAUCUUUAAAUAUGUAGCUAAUAUAUAGAGUUAAUGAAAUAUUGUGUUUAAAUAUUGUGAAAUAAGUGCAUGUAAAUCUUGUAUGAGUUUUGUCAAUGACUGAAACCAGAAGUGAAUAGAAUCAAGUGCCUUGGAAAGACUUUGUUUCACCUUCGGAAACCUGAAAACCAGGUUUGAUUGAACAGGACCCUGAGAACACGUGCUCUGUGUGAUUCUGUAAGGAAUCUUUCACCGUUUGUUGUUCAUGUUGUGUUGUCCCACAGCUCGGAUUCACUGUAUGUGAAUUAGUGGUGAAACUAUCUUCAUUUUGCAGUCUGUCUACAACCACUGAACAAGUGCUUAGGUGUUUGAAAUGUAAUGGCAGUCAAAUGCACAAAAAAUGUAUUGUAUUUCUGAAAGCAUUUCUCAUCAUUGUACAGUAACAUCACUAUUGUAGCUGCAGUUUCAGUAGCAUGAUAAUAUACCUCACUGUAACAUACACUACCAGUACAGUGUAACCUUGGUCUGGUCACUAUGUAUUACCUCUGACUGUCAUAUAAACGCUGUUCUCAAAUACG